AUUUACAUUCUAUGUCGCUUUCUCCACCUUAUUUACACUAUUCAGCUCCAUUCUACGUCGCUUUCUCCACCUUAUUUCCACUCUUCAUCUCCAUUCUAUGUGCGGCUCCAACCGUGUGACGUCAGCCAGCCUGCAGAGGAUCGACGGUCAGUAAAUGACAACAAUCUUCUUGUGCAGCAGGCAAAGACGACGUGACGCGGGACAGAAGAUGAGGAGCCGCAGUAAUUCCGGAGUGAGGCUGGAUGGAUAUGUCCGCUUGGUGCAGGAGACCAUCUUGUGUCACCAGAACGCAGUGACAGGUCUGCUGCCUGCCAGCAGAGAGCUGAAAGAUGCGUGGGUGAGAGACAAUGUUUACAGUGUGAUGUCAGUGUGGGCUCUAGGACUGGCUUAUCGCAAGAAUGCAGACCGGGAUGAGGACAAGGCCAAAGCCUACGAACUGGAACAGAGUGUGGUGAAGCUGAUGCAAGGACUUCUACGCUGCAUGAUGAGACAGGUUGCCAAGGUGGAAAAGUUCAAACACACUCAGAGCACAGAAGACUGUUUACAUGCCAAAUAUGACACACCCACCUGUGCUACUGUGGUGGGAGAUGACCAGUGGGGUCACCUGCAGGUGGAUGCUACCUCCAUCUACCUGCUCAUGUUGGCACAGAUGACCGCCUCAGGGCUUCGGAUCAUCUCAAACUUGGAUGAAGUUGCUUUUAUCCAGAACUUGGUGUUCUACAUCGAGGCUGCGUACAAAGUGGCAGAUUAUGGGAUGUGGGAGCGAGGAGACAAAACCAAUCAGGGCAUCCCAGAACUGAAUGGCAGCUCUGUGGGGAUCGCCAAGGCAGCUCUUGAGGCCAUAGAUGAGUUGGAUCUUUUUGGGGCCCAUGGAGGUCCCAAGUCGGUCAUCCAUGUUCUUCCUGAUGAAGUGGAACACUGUCAGUCCAUCCUCAGCUCCAUGCUGCCCAGAGCUUCCACCUCCAAGGAGAUCGACGCUGGACUUCUCUCCGUCAUUUCUUUCCCUGCCUUUGCAGUGGAGGACCCCAACUUAGUGGCCCUCACCAAGUCAGAAAUCAUCAGCAAAUUACAAGGCCGUUAUGGCUGCUGUCGCUUCAUCAGAGAUGGAUAUCGCUGCCCCAAAGAGGAUCCAUCACGUCUACAUUAUGAUCCUGCUGAGCUCAAACUCUUUGAGAACAUUGAGUGUGAGUGGCCAGUCUUCUGGACUUACCUUCUUCUUGAUGGCAUCUUCACAGGAGAUGAAGAGCAGGUGCAGGAAUAUCGAGAAGCGCUGGAGGCCAUUUUGAUCCGAGGAGAAAAUGGCCUGAAAUUAGUGCCUGAACUUUAUGCAGUACCGAGUGAAAAGGUGGAGGAGGAGUACUCUCAGCCCCACACAGUGGACAGAGUGGCAGGAGGUCAGAUUCCUCACAUGUGGGGACAAUCUCUCUACAUCCUCGCCUGCCUUCUUGCUGAGGGCUUCCUGGCACCAGGUGAGAUGGAUCCUCUAAACCGACGCUUCUCUACGUGUCUGAAGCCAGAUGUUGUGGUCCAAGUGUGCGUGUUAGCAGAGUGUGAGAAGAUCCAGAAGGUUCUGAGUGAUCACGGCGUGAAGGUGCAGAUGUUGUGUGAUGUCCAUCCUAUCAGAGUCUUACCUGCACGCAUCCUCAGUCACGUCUACGUCAGACUAGGAAGCUGCAAGAAGCUGAAUCUAAGUGGGAGGCCCUACAGACAUAUUGGAGUUUUGGGAACAUCAAAGUUUUAUGAGAUGAGAAAACGUUCUUACAUGUUCACUCCUCAGUUUCUGGACCAGCAUCAUUUCUACUUGGCUCUGGACAACAUGAUGAUUGUGGACAUGUUGAGGACUGAAGUCUCCUAUUUGUCUUCCUGCUGGAGGAUGACUGGUCGACCCACGCUUACCUUCCCUAUCACCCGCAGCAUGCUGGUGGAAGACGGUGAUGCAAUCGAUCCUUGUAUCCUAGCAACACUCAGCAAGCUGCAGGAUGGAUACUUUGCUGGAGCAAGGGUGGAGAUGUCACAGCUGUGUGACCUCCAAACAACCUCCUUUCACACGCGCCUCAGCUUCCUGGAUGAAGAAAGUGAGGACAUCGUACUGGACCAAGAAGAAGAGAAAGAUUAUGGAGAAGAAUAUUGUCUGUGCCAGCCUACAGACUCCUCCUCCUCCUCCUCGUCCUCCAAGGACGUGUUUGAUGAGUACUUGACUCAGUUGCUCCACAUCACUGCCAGCACAUGUCAUCUUCCUCCCAUCCAGAGGGGGCAGCAGCACGUCUUCAGUGCUCAACACACAACCAGAGACAUCCUGUCCUUCAUGGCACAGGUUCAGGGUCUGCACAUGCCCAAGUCGUCCAUGUUUCUUCCUGUCACUCCGCUCAUGAGCAAACAUCGCAAGUCUCUCAACCUUCUACCUCUCCCUCACAACCUUCAUGCUGCUGCCAGGACACACAAAGCUCUUAGUGCAGCAGAUCUUCACCUGCCUAAAGACGCAGAAGGAAAGACAGACUUUGGCAGUUUGGUGCAGCAACUGAAGGAAUGUCCUUCUCUGCAGGACCAAGCAGACAUUCUUUAUGUCCUCUACGUCAUGAAAGGAGCUGAUUGGCCGGUGGAGCUGCCAGGUGUGAGUGUGAGUGUGCGGGUGCUGCUGGAGGAGGUUUAUGUGCAGGCAGGAGCCAACAAGGAGUGGGCUCUCAUCAGAUACAUUUCUGGAAUAUUACACAAGAGAGUGGAGGUUCUCUCUGAGGCAUGCACAGACCUUAUUUCUCACCACAAGCAGAUAACAGUCGGUCUUCCUCCUGAGCCCAGAGAGAGAGUCAUCACAGUUCCACUUCCUCCUGAGGAGCUCAACAGUUUGAUCUUUGAAGUCAGCGGUCAAGACAUCAGUGUUGCUGUCCUCACUCAGGAGAUCAUGGUGUACCUGGCCAUGUACGUGCGCUCGCAGCCGUCCUUGUUUGGAGACAUGCUGAGACUGAGGACAGGACUCAUCAUGCAGGUGAUGGCCACAGAGUUAGCUCGCAGUCUCAGAUGUUCUGGUGAGGAGGCGUCAGAGAGUCUGAUGAGUCUGAGUCCUUCUGCCAUGAAGAAGUUGCUGCAUCACAUCCUCAGUGGAAAAGAGUUUGGAGUGGAAAAAAGCAUGCGACCUACACAUGUCCAGUCCACCGUGUGUAGUCCAGCUAUCUCCAUCCAUGAAGUGGGACACACUGGAGCCACCAAGACGGAACGUUCAGGAAUACACCAACUGAAGAGCGACAUCAAACAGAUCCUCAGUGGUGGUGUGUCCACGUGCAGCAAUGUCACCUCGCCUCGCUCCACGCGGUGCAGCAGCCCGUCCACCCCCAGUGGUAUGUUGUCUCCAGUGGGGUGUGGUCCAGGAGACGGUCAGCUGCAGUGGGAGGACAGACAAGGUCAGUGGCUGAGGAGACGCAGGCUGGAUGGAGCCAUCAACAGAGUUCCUGCAGGAUUCUACCAGAAGGUGUGGAGUGUCCUGCUCAAGUGUCACGGACUCUCCAUCGACGGAUACGUCUUACCUUCUUCUGCCACCAGAGAGAUGACGGCCAGAGAGAUGAAGUUUGCAGUGCAGGUGGAAAGUGUCCUCAACCACGUCCCUCAGCCGGAGUACAGACAACUGCUGGUGGAGACUCUCACCAUUCUGGGACUGAUGGCUGACCUGCACCUCCACAACCUGGGGAACAUCAUCCAUGUGGACCGCAUCAUGCACAUGGCCAACAACCUCUUCCUUAGCGACCAGAAGUCUCUGAGCGUGUGUGAAGACUUCCUGGAGAAGGACGCAGCAACAGGAAUCUGCAACCUUUUCUACGACAGCGCCCCCAGUGGUCGCUACGGAACCAUGACCUAUUUGACCAAAGCUGUGAUGACCUACGUGCACGACUUCCUGCCCGCGUCCAGCUGCAGCAUGCAGUGACAACACCACCUACUUUUAUUUUGAAACAGCUGCAGCAUGCAGUGACAACACCACCUACUUUUAUUUUGAAACAGCUGCAGCAUGCAGUGACAACACCGCCUACUUUUAUUUUGAAACAGCUGCAGCAUGCAGUGACACCACCACCUACUUUUAUUUUGAAACAGCUGCAGCAUGCAGUGACAACACCACCUACUUUUAUUUUGAAACAGCUGCAGCCUGCAGUGACAACACCACCUACUUUUAUUUUUGAAACAGCUGCAGCAUGCAGUGACAACACCACUUUUAAUAACCAUCUACUUUUAUUUUGAAACAGCUGCACAACAUGGAUUUUAUUUGGGAUUUUCUGUCACGGUCACAAUUAGACACACACCUUGUA